UCAGAGCCUGUCCAGACUCCAGACCGAGCUAGGGGACCCAGGUUGGUUUAGGUUUAAAAAGCCGGCCCAAACCCAACCCUGUUGUUGCAGCCUUAGCGUGAACUCUGUUCCAUUUACAUCUCAUAGUUGAAUGACGUAAAUGAACUCAUGAUCCUUAUCUUACUGAUGUGAUGGUCGAAUUCUUACUGAAUCACUGCCUCCUUCAAUUACUAAACUUGAUCGAUAAUCCCACUAUCCAGGGAAGGAAACCACUUCCAAGCUGAUAAACGCCGGAAAAUUUUCAGGCGGAAAUAUUGUUAAGUCUUGUACUGUUCUCCGGUUAUAUUUCUGGUAACAAUGAAAGCCGUGGUAAUAACGAGCUUUGGCGGUCCAGAAGUUCUUCAGCUUCAAGAAGUUGAAACCCCUAAAAUCGGAGACGACGAAGUGUUGAUAAAGAUUGAGGCCACCGCACUGAACAGAGCUGAUACCGUUCAAAGGAAAGGAUCUUAUCCUCCUCCCAAAGGAGCAAGUCCUUAUCCAGGCCUUGAGUGUUCCGGAUUCGUCGAAGCUGUCGGGAAGAACGUCUCCCGGUGGAAAAUCGGUGAUCAGGUAUGUGCUCUUCUUAGUGGAGGAGGCUAUUCGGAAAAAGUAGCUGUACCUUCUGUGCAAGUUCUUCCUGUCCCACAUGGUAUUUCUUUGAAGGAUGCUGCUGCCUUUCCUGAGGUGGCAUGCACUGUCUGGUCAACUGUUUUUAUGAUGAGUCGGUUGUCCGCAGGGGAAUCUUUCCUGGUUCACGGUGGGUCUAGUGGAAUUGGCACAUUUGCAAUUCAGAUAGCUAAACACCUGGGAGUGAGGGUAUUUGUCACUGCAGGGAGUGAGGAGAAAUUGGCUUUUUGCAAGGAUCUUGGAGCUGAUGUCUGCAUCAAUUAUAAGACUGAAGACUUUGUUGCAAGGGUGAAGGAAGAAACAGGAGGAAAAGGUGUUGAUGUUAUUCUUGACAAUGUUGGAGGUCCCUAUUUCCAGAGAAACCUCAACAGCUUAAAUGUUGAUGGCAGACUUUUUAUCAUUGGCUUUCAGGGUGGAGCAGCUACGGAAGCGAAUCUUGCAGGCAUGCUUGCAAGACGCCUGACAGUGCAAGCUGCGGGCUUGAGGGGCAGAAGCAUUGAAAACAAAGCAAUAAUUGUGAGUGAGGUGGAGAAGAAUGUUUGGCCAGCAAUUGCUGCAGGCAAAGUAAAGCCUGUGGUUUACAAGUCCUUUCCAUUGUCUGAAGCAGCAGAGGCUCAUCAGCUAAUGGAAAGCAGCAACCAUGUUGGGAAAAUACUGUUGGUUCCAUGAUCAUCUUUAGAUUAGACCAACCUCAUGUGAGCAUAUAUACGUAAAAACCCAUGUGUGAAUCGCUGAUCUGUGAGCAAUUUUAUCUUAUUUCUAGUUUCAUGAUCCGAGAAAUGAAAGCAGCCAUGAUCUGAGGUUUACCUUUUCUAGUUUCUGUUUCUGAAGCAAAACAGAUGGUGCUGUACUUUAUGAAUGCAGUUUGCAGUAUCAUUCACACCUAAGUGAAGCUAGAUACAUCAACACCUAAGUUGCUACAUCAUGAGCAAUGAGGUGUGCUUUAGUUUAUUCUAGAACUUGCAUAGAGACAAUGUCUGUUGGAUUCAAUAUUAGAAAUACAUGAGAAUGGUUUUGAUGUUGUA